AUGGCCAACCCGGCUCCGGCAUCAACAGACGUGUCUUUAUUGGGUCUGCCACAAGAACUCCUCGUCAGAGUUGCUACCUUCCUCACUACCGAAGAACUGAACCCGCUUCGUUGCUCAUGUAAACACAUCGAGCGCCAGCUCUUCGACACCUUCGCUCGCGAGUUCUUCACCAAACGGCAGUUUAUGAUCGAACAUGAAUCACUCGAAGCACUCGUGGGAAUUUCUAAACAUCCCGGCCUAGCGUCGAAGCUCACUGAUGUUAUUAUCGACUUGCGUGUUUUCGAUUCCAGUCGGUGGCUGGACGACCGGCGAUUGCGGACCGGCCAUGUCAACCAUCGGGUCCUCGUUCACACUGGAAUGGCACGCGACAUGCUGGUAGAAGUCUUCUCCAAUCUGCCAAACUUGCGGACCAUUGGCCUGCGGGACUACGAUGGUGCGGGACGUGUCCGUGAAGGUGAGAGAGCUUGUUGGCGGCCUUGGGGCUGGUCGAUGAAUCGCUCACCAUUGGUUCGAUGCGAUUCAUCGGAACCAAUACUUCCAUUGGUAUUGCGUUCCGCUGGAGAAGCUCAAGCUCGACCUACCAAUGUAGAAGUCUUCCUUCGUCGCAGGGCUCUCCAGGCCGAUUCAUUCCAAUGCUGCGACGGGCGACUUGGCUCCGAUGUUAUACCAGUGUUGAAAGGCUUGAAGACACUGAUGCUUGCUAUCUCAUCCGAUGGUUCAUUGGCCUCGAACUUCCACGGCGGUCCAGGAUCACCUUAUGAUGAGAAGAACGCCGCGGAGACGACGAUCCGACGCUUUCUGCACCAGACUACAAACCUCGAGUCGCUGCGAUUGAACUUUGUCGUUGAUGAGUUCCUCGGCUUCCGCACCAUCGACUGGCUUGGUCGCACCGGCGAUGUGUUGACUCCAGCCCCGCAGCUUCAUGCUCUGCCAGUCCCACCGUUGCAGCCGCAGUCUCUGAGAAGCUUAGACCUGGGCAUGGCAAACGCAACGGCUGCCGGGCUGGUUCGGGUGCUCAGUAAGAUCAAUCUGGAGUCCUUCAGUCUGUGGAAAAUGACUCUGCAGUCCUCCAAAAAAGACCACACUUCUGAAGACGGCUGGUCUCACUUUCUGUCACAGCUCUCAACACGAUUGCCUCCCUCGACCGGCCUUCGGAACAUCAUGAUAGGAUAUGGAAGUCAGGCCUAUUAUCUAGGCGAAAUUCGAUAUCAUCAUACGGAUGCCAGAGUCUUCUUCAUCCCCGAAGGUAAAGAUCCUGCAGACCUGGCCAAGGCAGAGGGGGAGCAGAUAGUCAACUUCAAGGCGCAGUACACGGGCACAAGCGUGCACCAGUGGCUGCACGACAUGUCGAAGCGGGCAUUGGUCUCUCCAAUCCAUCAAAGUGUGUCAGACGACGAGUCGGUGGACGAUUCGAUGGCUGAGGAUAGCGAGGAUAGCGAGGAUCUUGAUGAAGCUGAAGAAGAGUAA